GUCUCGCGAGAUCUGGUGGUAGCUGCAGCAGCGGCGGCGGCGACGGCGGCGGCGGCGGCGGCCCGGGAGGUUCAUAAUAAAGGUGCUAAGAAAGAGAAUGUAAGACAGGAAAAGAAAUAUUUUUACUAAGGCUGCUUAAAAGAGGUGGCAUACUUCCUCUUGCCAGUGCCUGGAACACAAUGGAUCACACAGGAACCAUAGACACAGAGGAAGAGCUAGGGACUCUAGCCCACCUUGCACCAAGUCCUCAAAGUGAGGCUGUGGCUCACGAAUUCCAGGAACUGUCUCUACAGUCCAGCCAGCAUUUACCCCCUCUGAACGAACGGAAAAAUGUGCUCCAGCUGAGGCUGCAACAAAGGAGGACAAGAGAGCAGCUAGUGGACCAGGGCAUCAUGCCACCUUUGAAGAGCCCAGCAGCAUUCCAUGAGCAAAUAAAAAGCCUGGAGCGAGCCAGAACUGAAAACUUUCUGAAGCACAAGAUCCGGAGCCGCCCAGACCGCUCUGAGCUGGUCAGGAUGCAUAUUUUAGAAGAAACGUUUGCCGAGCCAUCUCUUCAGGCCACACAGAUGAAGCUGAAGAGAGCUCGGUUGGCAGAUGACCUGAAUGAGAAAAUUGCUCAAAGGCCUGGUCCCAUGGAGCUAGUGGAGAAGAACAUCCUUCCUGUGGAUUCGAGUGUCAAGGAAGCAAUUAUAGGCGUAGUGAAGGAGGACUAUCCUCACACUCAUGGUGAGUUCUCCUUUGAUGAAGAUAGCAGUGAUGCUUUGUCUCCAGACCAGCCAGCGAGCCAGGAGUCUCAGGGCUCAGCUGCAUCCCCCAGUGAGCCAAAAGUCAGUGCCUCGCCACCUCCUGUGACUGCAAGCACUCCAGCCCAGUUUACCUCAGUGUCCCCAGCAGUUCCUGAAUUCUUGAAAACCCCUCUUACUGCGGACCAGCCUCCCACAAGGACUACAGCUCCUGUCCUCCCCACAAGCACUGUGUCCUCAACGAAGUCUGGCCCGACACUGGUGAAGCAAAGCCAUCCCAAGAAUCCAAAUGACAAACACCGUAGCAAAAAAUGCAAAGAUCCGAAACCCCGAGUGAAGAAGCUUAAGUAUCACCAGUACAUCCCACCCAACCAGAAAGGGGAGAAGAGGGAGCCACAGAUGGACUCCAACUACGCCCGCCUGCUCCAGCAGCAGCAGCUCUUCCUACAGCUGCAGAUCCUGAGCCAGCAGCAGCAGCAGCAGCAGCAACAACACUACAACUACCAGACCAUCCUGCCCGCACCCAUCAAAACUGACAAGAACAACAGCAGUAGCACAAGCGUGCCGGCGAGGAGGCCAGGACCACUGCCCUCUAGCUUGGAUGACUUAAAGGUGUCAGAGCUGAAGACAGAACUCAAACUGAGGGGUCUACCAGUGUCAGGAACUAAACCAGACCUCAUUGAACGCCUGAAACCCUACCAGGAAGUGACCAGUAGUAACCUUGCCACUGGCAGUAUUGUGGCAGUGUCAUCAGCAGCUAUUGUCACCGGUAGUAACCCAGAGGUCACAGUGGCACUGCCAGUCACAACACUGCAUAAUGCUGUAACUAGCUCUAUGUCCACUUUCAAGGCAGACUUGCCACCUUCUGGGUCAAGCAGUGUCCAUCCAUCCCAUGUUGAAAAUGCCCAUUCUCCUCUGCCCAUCUCGCCAUCACCCUCCGAGCAGUCCAGUCUCAGUACUGAUGAUACAAACAUGACAGACACCUUCACAGAGAUCAUGACCAUGAUGUCACCUUCCCAGUUUUUGUGUUCAUCUCCCCUGAGGGUGGCUAACCAUGAGGACAACCUGAGCCCCACCAGUAGCACCCUGUCAACCCUAGAACUGGAUGCUGCUGAGAAGGACCGCAAGCUUCAGGAGAAGGAGAAGCAGAUUGAAGAGCUGAAGAGGAAACUGGAACAAGAACAGAAGCUUGUGGAGGUCCUCAAGAUGCAGCUUGAGGUGGAAAAACGUGGGCAGCAGCGACCACCAGACACUCAGCCUAGUGUCUCCCCACAUCCCUUUAGUACAUCAGAUCUGAAACAUGCCAGUGUUGGGUCCUCCAUCAAGGAUGAAGCCUCACUCCCUGACUGCUCCAGCCCCCAGCAGCCCAUCCCAGUGCCUGGCCACGCUGUAGGCCAGCCCAUCUCCACAGGUAGCCAGACUCUUGUUGCCAAAAAGGCUGUGGUCGUCAAGCAGGAGGUCCCCAUGGUCCAAGCAGAGCAACAGAAUGUUGUCUCACAGUUCUACCUGAGUUCCCAGGGACAGCCACCUGCUCUUGUUGCUCAGCCUCAGACCUUACUGACCGCACAGACAACUCAGCUGCUGUUACCGGUGUCCAUCCAGGGUUCAAAUGUUACUUCAGUGCAACUCCCAGUAAGCAGCCUCCAACUCCAGACCCCAGCACAAGGAGGAGUCCAGGCUCAGCCUCAGGUAGCUGCUGCCACACAGGUGCCAGCUGCAGCCCUGGCUUCAACAUUGGCCUCAGCACUGCCUCAGAAGCAGGAAACCUUCCCGCAGCAUGUGUUGGGCCAGCCUCAGCCAGUCAGAAAGGUCUUUACAAACUCAGCACCAAACACAGUUCUUCAGUAUCAGAGGCAGCCUGGCCCAACGACCCAGCAGCCCUUUGUCAGUAAUACCUCUAACCCUGCUCUUCAGUCUAGAAGUACCGCACUUGCACCCCUGCAAAAUGGACCUAGCCCAGCCAGCAAGCCUAGCUCACCACCUCCACCCCAGCAGUUUGUUGUCCAGCACUCUUUGUUUGCAACCCCAGUCCCAAAGACAAAAGAUCCACCUCGAUAUGAGGAAGCCAUCAAACAGACUCGCAGCACCCAGCCAGCCCUUCCAGAGGUUUCCAGUGUGCAUAGUCAGCAGAUGGAUGACCUCUUCGAUAUCCUCAUAAAGAGUGGAGAGAUUUCCUUCCCGAUAAAAGAAGAGCCUUCUCCAAUUUCCAAGAUGAAACCAGUGACAGCCAGCAUCACCACAAUGCCAGUCAAUACGGUGGUGUCUCGACCACCACCCCAGGUCCAAAUAGCACCACCUGUAUCCUUAGAACCUGUGAACAGUUUAUCUGCCAGCUUAGAGAACCAGCUAGAAGCCUUCUUAGAUGGAACAUUGCCCUCAUCCAAUGACGUCACCCCUCUGCAGAGCAGCAGUGAAGAGAGAGAGCCUUUCUCUCUGAUCGAGGAUCUCCAGAACGACCUGCUGAGUCACUCUAGCAUGCUCAGUCACUCCAGCGUGCUGUGCCAGUCUCACUCUCCCAUGGAGACCUCUGAGGCCCAGUUUGUGUCGGGGACCCCCUGUCUAUCUCUUGACCUGUCAGACUCCAACCUGGACAACAUGGAGUGGCUAGACAUCACCAUGCCCACCACACCCUCCGGACUCACUCCCCUGAGCACCACUGCACCAAGCAUGUUCUCUGCUGAGUUUCUGGACCCACAGGACCUGCCACUGCCAUGGGACUAAGGUCACAGAUCUGUUUCAGAGCUUGUGAAAUUUGGAAACAUGAAAAUAAUCCUGAGAGGCCAGUGUUGGGAGCUGGAGCCAUAGCAGCACUGUUGAAGUUAAAAUCCAUUGUCAUAGAAAAAGGAAGGCCACAGCCUAGAAGCCAAGCAUGAGAGACACCACAGAAAUAGUCAUAUGCAGAGCCCUUGUGAAAUGCCUUAGAUCAAGCCAAAAGUCAGGUACCAUCCACAGGAAGUGGCACCAGGCUCUGGAUAUCAGCUUCCUUUCAUCCUCUGUGGUCACCUCACAGCCCUAAUAAGAGGCAAGCAGCUCCAUUUGAAACGCCAGGCCACCAAGAGGGAGGGAAGGGAGGAGCCACUGCACAUGUGCUCCUUAGAGUGGCAUAAGCCAACCAGGUCAAUAGCAAGCCAGAGGCAUCCAAGCACUUGGGCAGCUGGCAGCAGCUUCUAGCCAGAGGCUCUGAGUCCCACUUUGAAAUCUGUGUGACUUUGUGAUGUCAUAGGUCAUUUUGUGAGUUUGGGAAUCAAAAUGAACAACCUCUCACCAUAAACACAUGUCAAAAUACUGUCACAAAAGAGCCCAGUGUACAGAGGCCAGAUACACUGAUAGUGCUGCAACUUCCCUAGUGGCCUCGGGUGGAUGAGGUUGGUUCUCCUGUGAUGUUAGACAUUGGAAUGUGCUUUGACCUCGUGACCUCUACAAUCUUUGGUAGAGUAAAAAGAUGGCCGUCGGCUGGUUCUUCUUAAAAUAAGUCAGAUAUCUCUAUAGAGUACUGAGCCACAGUGUCUCCAUCUUUGAAGACUUGCCGACAGACUCUCUCAGGUGACCAUGCCCAUCUCAAAGAACCAAAAAAGGCUUCAGCAUGAAAUUCCUUUUCAACCUAAUGAGUUAGAAGAAUGGAAAGUGUGGACUGUCUGUCAGACUCUAGGAUAGUCCACCUUGAGCACAGGUUAGACCAACCUGUCACCAGCUCCCUGGUUCUCAUUGCAUAGGCUUGUAACUGCCUGCUUUCAGUUGUUCUCAAACCUAAGCCUAAAAACUGGAGGUUUUAUUCCUUUUUUUUUUUUUUUCUUGAUCCGUAACAGAAAGGUUAUAUUUGUCAAGUGGUUUAAGAAUUUUCUAAAAUGCCAACUGCCACAGGAUUUCCACAACUCUUGAUCUAGUGAUUUAGUUAUUGACAAAUUAUAAAUAACUGACCAGAGUAUGGAAUUUUUAUUCAAUGACAGCCCUUGUCUUAUCCCCUUCCCAACCGAUUUAACCUGAGCCAGGUGGGCUUCCUACAUCAAUCCACAUGCCUCUUCCACAGUGCAUCCAGGAAGUAUCCUGACCCAUCAUCUAGUGAUCAGAAAGGCCCCCUUUCCUGGCUUUAACCUGGUGAACAGCACUCUCUCACCUGAAGCUUGGCAUUAUGGUGUAAGGAGCCGCUGAGCUCAGGUAAUCCUCUUGUAUAGAGUCUGGUAGUUCUGUAUUGGGAGACAUCAACUUUCUGGUAGCUGAUACUGUCAUCUGACGAAGCCUCCUGAGAGUACUCUCUCAGGUCAGGAUGUAAUGCAUUGGUUCUGCUGCACAGCUGCUUAUGUCCCGGCCCCAGCUGAGGAUCUGAGAAGGUGCGUUCCCCAUGGGAACUUCAGCUCCAGGUUUUGGUAGGGAGCUCUAGUCCUCUCUCUCCAGCUUUGAGUGUCCAAUUAAAGGCAGUGGGUUUCUGGAAGCCCAUAAUUACUACUAGUGUGUUUCCUCCUGUAGACAGACUUCAGUGUCUGUCAUCCAGAGUUGUGAGUAGAGACAACAUUCUAGCCCUCAAGUCCCUUCCUCGUAUUGCUUUCUAAGUUAUUUUGAAGCUUGCCACAUGAAAGACAAUCUCCAAACACAGUGGGUACAGAGGAGGUCAUCUCAGUUGUUCAUGUGCCCAUCCAGCCUUCAGUUCAUCACAGUCUCAUUUCUUAAAGAGGCAAGGGGCCUCCAGCCACUGGCUUCACUAGCACCCAACUUCCCCACAGCAUUCCUUGACCUACUCUCCUGGUAUGAGCAUCCUGUAGGUACAUGUGACACCAGUGACAUGAGAGCCACCUGCUAGGCCUCUCCCACAUGUUCUGAGUGAGCGUGGGCAUCUUUCCCAUCGGCUCACGUAAAUGUAUCAUGACCAAAGACCAUUCUAUAAAAAGGCCUCUUGACCUAGCCCCAGCCCUCAGUGAGUACAUUGGAAAAGCUAUGUGUCUGAAGAUGAAUUGUUGUUUAAAGCUAGUUUCAGGCCAGCAAGAUGACUCAACAGAUAAGGCCUGCCAACAAGCCUGAGGGGCCAAGCUUAAGCCCCAGACCCCGUGUGGUGGAAGGACAGAACUGACCCCUGCAAUUGUCCUCUGACCUCUAUAUACAGAGACACCUUCAAAUAGGUGUAAAGUUAUUUCCCAGCCAUUAAAGCUCAGGUCCGAGAGCCCAUCUGUCCCCACUGUGCAUGUGCAUGGCACGCGUGGGCUGUAGGCUUCUGUUUGUAUCAUGUUGCCAAGAAAAUUCCUACUAGAAGUCUGGAGUGUCCAACCCCAGCCUCACUCUUCUGCAUCGUCCCACAGUGUAGUGGUAUCAACUUGACUUUCUGAUGUACAGAUUCCCAGUUGUCUUACUGUGGUGGGAGGAGUGGAAAGAAUUACACCAUGGCUUCUAGAAGGCUGAUGUGGCUGUGACCUUGUACAUUUCAGCAAGGCCUCUCUAAGAAGCCUCUGAGGCUGCGGCAGUGCUCACUCAGUCACACAGGCAUCCAGUCAGCGCGGAUGCCCUGAAUUAUUGGAACUUUUUGCUCAGAUGUCAUCUCUGUUCAUUUCACACAGAUAUUUUCUCUUUCCUUUCAGAAGCUCCAUAGUUCUUUGACUACAUGCUAUGCCUUACUCCAGAAAGCCACAGAGUCCAGGAGUUGGGGAGGUGUUAUAACCCUGCACACUCAGUCAGCUGACACUGGGGGGUAGGUGAGAGUGGUGUCCACUUUUUCACCAGAAUGGACUUGAGCCUCCUGGCAGCAAGGCUGUUCUCAUAGUUCCUGUAGUAUUCUGUGCAGUGAUAGCUGAGGAGACAGCUGUCCCUUCAGUCAGGACAGCCACUUUACAAUCCACAGCAGACCUGGCUCAGGGAAGUGGCCAAGAGGACACCCCAUCUUAUCUGCACCCUCGGCUGUUCCCACAGUGACUAGUCUCAGAAGCUCUGGUAGAAGGCUGGGGAUUGCAGGGAAUGCUGAGAGUGGCUGGUGGGUUCUGCCAGCAAAGCCACAGCCUCGCUUGCCUCUGUCCAUUACACUACACGACAUUGAGGACCUACUGACCCAGAGGACCAUUAGCCCCAGGCUGUCCCGGCACACUAACUGGAAGGCCAGGUUUAUCAGGGAACACUGCUCAUGCUCACAGAAGGUGUGUUUGGAGAGCACUGUCCUGAACAUUCAGCUAACGUAAAAGAUUUUUGUCAAAACUGGAAAGUAGCAGUUCUGAUAUAGUCAUUUUUGUUUCCUGGUUCAAACCUUCGAUCUCUUUCAUUUAAACAGUCUCUGGGCUCUGUUUUUAUUUGCCCAGUGACUAGGAGUGGGCAGGUUGUUUUUUCCACUGCUCACUCUGACAGUACCUGAGGUGUCCCUGUGUCUUUGAGUUAAGGCCUAUGAUUCAAAAAGCUGCACAUGUUUACAAGAAGCUUUUACCCUCCACUUAGGCCCACUGCUCUGGGGAGUGGAGGUGUCCCAGGCUUGUGACAGCAGCUUGGCAAUCUCAGAUCUACUAGGUGCUGUCUGGAAUCAUCAGAGACACCGGCAAUAAAAGGAAAGCUUUAUGCCAACGCCCAAGACAAAGCUUUAGUGAGUGAGCAGACUCACUGGAAAGCAGCCCAGCUGUCUUACCUCUACUUUCUGCUGUGAGGAACCCACCCACCCCAUCAACAGGAGAGGAAGGUUUAGGAAAGGAUUCGGUAUCCAUCAAAAGUACUUGACCUCAAAAAACCAAUAGUAAUCCAAAAUGCUUAAAGGAACCAAAGGCAUCGCCAGGUAUUUGCCAAAAGCAGCCACUUUUAAGAUUUGAGACUAAUGUGAUCUCAAGUCAGACCCCAAAAGGUUCCAUUUAAGGUUAUAAUUUUCACAGAGAUGUAGAUAUUUCUUGUUUUCCUAUAAAAUAGCAUAGAGCUGUUUUUGUUGGUUUAAGAAUAACAUUCUUGGUAGUAACGCUGAAUUGUCUUCUUGUAUGUAAAGGUUCUCUGUUGCUUGCAAUGGACAUGCAGGUGUUUCUCCUCUUUUCAUCUUCACAUAAUGUCUUAGCAUCUCACUUCCUGACAAGAGAGGAGAAAACACCAGUGGGCAGCACCAUGCUUGUUUAAUGAACAGAAAAUCAUGGCAAUCGGGGGUCCAUUUGUGUGUUGCCUUUAUGUUGUUUUUAAAAGACAAACCAUGAUGCCUUUGUACUUGCUGUUUGCACCCCUGACUCGAUUCUGUACUGUGUCUGAAUGCCAUACGUUUGCACUUGUACUGUACAUAGGCGAUGCAGACUGUAUUUUUAUAUGUGUGCGCAUUUAUCAUUGGAUCUUUUGUACAUAGUGGCAGUAUUGUAGCUGAUCGGGAAAUGUUUGAUAUCUCAGCAAUUUUGCAUUUUUGUGUCUCAAAUAAAAAAACAUUUUGAUGUACCAUGA